GGAAGGUUUAGGUGUUGAUGUUUGCUGAAAAUGUUGAAGUCACCAUUGUAGAGAUAAGCAAUCGUUGUAGAAGUAGGAGGUUUUAAUCUUAGGUUUACCAAUCAAAACUCAUCUAUGGCUCCUCAUGCAUCUGCAAUGUCUUAGUAUUUCUUUGUUAUUCUUAUAUUUGCUUUUAUUUUCGGUUGUGGCUUUUUGCAACCUUUUUUUUUUUGCCGUUCAAAAAUCAUGUAAAAAUAGUUCGAUAUUUCGUCACCACUGCUGAGAUUCACAUCUAAGAGCUUAAAUACAAAACCCGGGAGAAAAUAGGUAGAAGAAAGCUUUUUGAUUUUAAUAAGAAGGCUUUCCGAACGUUCUCCGCCGAGGUAAAGAAACCCUGUUAGCAGUAGCAUCCAUUAAACAUUUUCUCCAAGUGCCUCUCGCUCAUGAAAAAUGCAAUAUAUUAUGGAUGGACCCAGUAACACACUUUAACUCAUAUCUUGACAUCAUGGAAAUAUUAAAAUGAGGAUGAGAGUCACUGCGCAACUUUUAACAGAGGUUUUUGUUGACUGUGUUUUAAAGGUUGCAGUUUGCAUACACUGUGUCCUUUCUUUCUUCCUCGUCAGUUUGGUUUUCAUCCUCUUCCUAUAUACUUUUUCAUUCUGACUCACGUGACGGAGCAUAUAAAGUUGUUUCAAUUCACUGAAAGCGUGACUUCAAGAUGCACGGGAUGAGCCGUGUCCCCUUCAGUAAUCUCUGAGACAGAUUGUGAUUGAAGAUGAGCGGUUACAACUUUCUCCACAGAUGUAUUAGUUUGGUUUCGGGAUUAAAGUCGGUAAAAUGUAAGCUGUAGUACAGCUGGGCAGCGUGCAAGAGUCAUAACAUAAGGGGAUGGGAAUCUCUUAGUCACGAAAUCCUCUUCCUGUUUUGAGAGGGAAGGCAUGCCUAGUUUAAAAAUCCCAUUGGAAUUCCUAUUUUUUCAACAUAACGUUUAUUUUGGUUUGCUGUUUCAUACCUUAUUUAAAAUCUGACGUUGGAAAACAUCAGAAAGUCACCGAAGCAGCGUGAGCGAAUGACUAAUGUGGUUCCUCCGAUCCACUGCAUCCUCUGACUGGAAGACACACGGAACACGAGGACGGUCACCGCCGAGGGAUGCUGGUCAAGAGCGCUUGAAUUCUGCGGUUUUUCGCCUGAAUUACGAAGUGGAAUGAAACACGAGCCCGCCGCAGAGACUACGACAAGCUGCACUGAAAACACGCGUCCACUGAAAAUAACCGUUAUAUCCUCGCCGCGUCCGUCUCGUCUUCCGCCGCACUUCUGAAUGCUGUACUGUUGCGGUGGAAGGGAGAAGGGGGAGAAGGAGCACGCGGGCGCGGAGGAGGCGUUGAUGAGCAGCGGGGAAGCGGACGCCGUCACCGCUGGAAACCGGGAAGAAACUCCGGCUGCGGGGAUGUUUGACACGACGGAUAUGCCCGAGCUCCUGCCGCACUCGGGGCAACUUCAGCUGAGUCCUCGUGACUCGGCGUGUCAGAUGCAGCGUUUGCGGGUUGAGUUGAACAGAGACUGCUUGGGUCCCGAAUCCCCUCAGCGGAGGUUAGGCCAGAGAGCCCCCAAACUCGGACAAAUUGGACGGUCAAAGAGAGUGGUCAUAGAGGAUGAAGACCUGGACGACGUCAUGAACAACAACAACAACGGACCUCUACCUGUCCCUCUCAGCAACGAGCCGUCCUGAACCUCUCUGGGUUCCUAAUGUUCUGGACCAGCUUAUUUGGGAAAUGCACCCUUCUACCACGGGACAGUCGGGACACUUUCAGCAGGAGAAAAGUCAGACACCUCUCCCAGUAUCAGAUUCACACAAGAUCCGCAUGCGUUUCAGCUGUAGUUUCCUAGUCGCAUGGCAGCAGCUGUCAGCCUACAGCAGGCUACACAGGUGAUGUGUUGUGUAGUAGCUUCUUAGACCAGAGCUCUGUGUGUGAGACACUCCUGCCUCCCGCUGGGAGAAAUGUGCAUAUUAUAGGCCAAUUAACAUAUUUCUGACCAAAGGCGAGGACCAGCCACUGUAGAUCACUCUGUUCAGGCUUCUGCUGUUAUAAAUAUGUUGUCUUUCAGUUCGUUUCUUCAAACAUUCGGUAAGAACAACGGCACAGCGUUCUUGUGGUUUACUUUUGUCUCUUAAAACUCUGGAAAUGUAUGCUGCUUCUUAGAGCCAUAGUUGUAACUUUAUCCAUGACGAUAUUCAAUAUUCGAAUGUCACCUAAAAGAUAUUUGCUCUGGUAUUUUAUUAACAGAAACUAGAAGUAUCUAGGUUAAAACAAUGAUACAUUUCUUGAUUGCAGUGGUUUCAGAAUCGAUCUUCUUUGAUCACUUUGAUUUAUUUUUGUAAAUCUCACAGCAACUUGUUUUGCUUUGCAUCUCUAGCUGGUUUACGUGUUUUAAUGCCUUACGAAACAUUGCACGUUGCAUUAGUUUUCACUGUGAAAAGCUAUGCACUUGCUCGAUCAUUGCUGCGAUGCAUUACUUUUUUGAUGCAAGUACGUAACAAGCUUAUAUUUAGUUGGCUGAAUGAUUCUGUGGCACGUAUUAAUAAUUUUUAUUGUUUUAUGUGUCGCUUGCAUUUUGUAGCUAUUUAAGCACUGGAAAAAAAGGGCCAUGCAAAAAAAUAAAUGUGUAAAUAAGUUUGACAUAAUAAAUGACAAAUGUAAAAA